AUGGAAGCUGCCUGGCGCCAGGUGGCUGGUGGCCGAGGCCGCGCCCGAGGGCGCGGCAGUGCGGCCCCCUCCCCGGGAAAUGGAGUCCCCCUCCGUGGCGCCGGCGGAGGUCGAGAGACGGGGUCGGCGGGCGCCGCUCGCGUUGGCCCGGGUCGUGGAGGAGCUGCGGGCGCAGGUGCCGCCGCCGGGAAGAGCCCCGCGGCCGGGAAGAGCCCCGCGGGGUCCGGAGCGCCGCCGACUGCCGUGGCCGGCGAGUUAAUGUCUCAGAGGAAAUUUGAAGAAAUCAAGAAAGCGAAUCAAGCUGCAGUGAGAAAACUUGUUGAAGAACAUUUUAGCUCUUCAUCUGAAGAUGAAGAAGAUGAUUUAGAAGGAAAACAGGGAAAAAUAGUUGCUAAUACAUUUAUAACAUAUACUACUCAAACAGAUGGAGAUACACGUGAAUUAGAACGGACAAAACAGUAUGUAAAUGAAGCAUUUCAAGCAGGAGCUAUGACAUGCUUAAUAUGUAUUGCUUCAGUGAAGAGAAACCAAGCAGUAUGGAGCUGUUCAGGAUGUUUCUGUAUAUUUCACAUGCCUUGUAUCCAGAAGUGGGCCAAGGACAGCCAGUUUCUUGUAUCUUCUUUAACUGAUGACGAUUUUGGAAAGAAGGAUUACCCCUGGCCUUGUCCGAAAUGUAGGUUUGAAUACAAACAAUCUGAAACACCUAGUAGGUACUACUGCUAUUGCGGAAAAGUAGAAGAUCCACCUUUGGACCCAUGGCUGGUGCCUCACUCAUGUGGCCAAGUAUGUGAGAGAGAAUUUAAACCUCCUUGUGGCCAUAAAUGUUUACUCCUCUGUCAUCCAGGACCUUGUCCUCCAUGUCCAAAGAUGGUUACAACGACUUGUUACUGUAAAAAAGCAAAACCUAUCCCUCGUAGAUGCAGUGCCAAGGAGUGGUCCUGCCAGCUGCAGUGUGGGCGGAAGCUACUUUGUGGACAACAUAAGUGUGAAAAUCCUUGUCAUGCAGGAAAUUGUAAGCCCUGUCCAAGAGUUAGUAAACAGAAGUGUGUCUGUGGCAGACAAGUAGCUGAAAGAAGUUGUGCAAGUCCACUGUGGCGCUGUGAUAAGGUAUGUGGAAAAACACUGCCAUGUGGUAAUCAUACAUGUGAGCAGGUUUGCCAUACUGGUGCUUGUGGAGAAUGCCCUCGAUCUGGGAAAAGGUUCUGUCCAUGUCAGAAAUCAAAGUUUUCCUUGCCUUGUACAGAAGAUGUACCAACAUGUGGAGAUAGCUGUGACAAAGUACUUGAGUGUGGAAUUCACAGAUGUUCACAGCGUUGUCAUCGAGGUCCUUGUGAAACAUGUAGACAAGAAGUAGAAAAACAGUGUCGCUGUGGGAAGCAUAUGAAACGAAUGCCGUGCCAUAAACCUUAUCUUUGUGAAACUAAAUGUGUUAAGAUGCGGGACUGUCAGAAGCAUCAGUGUAAGAGAAAGUGUUGCCCUGGAAAUUGUCCACCUUGCGAUCAAAACUGUGGACGGACUUUAGGAUGUAGAAACCAUAAGUGUCCAUCUGUCUGCCACAGAGGCAGUUGCUAUCCCUGUCCGGAAACUGUGGAUGUUAAAUGCAAUUGUGGUGUUACAAAGGUGACAGUGCCCUGUGGCCGGGAGCGCACCACAAAGCCACCCAAGUGCAAAGAGCUGUGCAGUCAACCACCAACUUGCCAUCAUACAAGUCAAGAAAAACAUCGCUGUCACUUUGGCUCUUGUCCUCCAUGUCAUCAGCCUUGCCAAAAAGUUUUGGAGAAAUGUGGUCACUUGUGUCCUGCUUCAUGUCAUGAUCAAGCAUUAAUAAAGCAAACUGGCAGGUAUCAGCCUACAGUCCCCUGGGAACAGCCUUCUGAGCCAGUAUUUAUUCAGACUGCAUUACCUUGUCCUCCAUGUCAAGUUCCAAUUCCUAUGGAAUGUCUUGGGAAACAUGAGAUAAAUCCAUUACCAUGUCAUGCUUUAGGACCUUACUCUUGCAAGAGAGUUUGCGGACGAACCUUAGAUUGUCAGAAUCAUAUUUGUAUGAAAGAAUGCCAUGAAGUAACUGAAAUUUAUGACUGUCUAGGCAAAAAGAAGGCUGGCCCAGAAUGUCUUCAUUGUGAAGAAGGAUGCUCUAAAUCACGGCCACUGGGUUGUCCUCAUCCAUGUGUUUUGCCCUGUCACCCUGGAGAAUGCCCCCCUUGUGUGCAAAUGCUUAGAAUAAAAUGUCAUUGCAAGAUCACAAGCCUGUAUGUAGAGUGUAGAAAAAUAACCACAGCUGAUAUAAAUGAAAAGAACCUCCUAAGUUGCUGUAAAAAUCAGUGCCCUAAAGAGCUUCCUUGUGGUCAUAGAUGCAAAGAGAUGUGUCAUCCGGGUGAAUGCCCCUUUAAUUGUAAUCAGAAGGUAAAACUUAGAUGUCCUUGCAAAAGAAUAAAAAAGGAUUUGCAGUGCAAUAAAGUACGAGAAAAUCAGGUUUCAAUAGAAUGUGAUGCAACAUGCAAAGAAAUGAAGCGGAAAGCAUCUGAGAUGAAAGAAGCAGAAACCAAAGCUGCUCUUGAAGAGGAAAAACGAAGGCAACAGGCUGAAUUGGAGGCUUUUGAAAACAGACUGAAAGGUCGUCGAAAGAAGAACAGGAAAAGAGAUGAAGUGACAGUGGAACUAUCAAUAUGGCAAAAAUAUAAAUAUUAUCUCCCUCCAGUGUGUGGAGUUGCAGUUCUGUUGUUUGCAUGGUACAUAGCUCAUGAUGUGAAUUAAAAGUUUUGACCUUUUUAAUAUACCUCAGAUUGAAUUUAGAGAAAUUGUUAAAUUUGAGAUAUUAGAAAAUGCAUAUUGUAGAAUAUUGCAUAAUUCACAUUCAUUUCUAUAUUCUUCCCCAGCUGUUAGAAGAACAAAAUUGUAAGCUUUACCUUAAUUAGUAUAUUAGAAAUGGCACUAGAACUGUGUUUUAAGAAAAAAUAAGCAUGACUUAAAAUAUGUCUAAGGCUUAACUAGUGGCAGAAUAAGAUGUUCACUGUGCUUCAUUACUUUAAUGUUAUUUAAUAUUUUAAAUCAACCUCUUUUUUUGUAAAAUUAAGAUGAAUCUGAGCCAUAUAUGCAAAAAAGAAAUUUUUCUCAGUGUUUUAUGUACUUA